AGAGCAAGUAGGUUAGACAGGCUGUCUUUGUCGCUUAGUGGACUCGACAGUGUCUUGCCACCCAAUUUUCUUUUUCUUCAUUAAACAAAAAAAUCAUUUCCAAUAUACAUCAUCAAUCAAUAUAUCAAUAUAUUAAUAUAUUAUAUCAGUAAUAAAUCAACACUCAAAUCCACCCACCCCUCCAAAACCCCCCACUCUCUUCACACCCAUUCACAAAUUCACAUCAUAAUCUCAUCUGGGUUUUGAUAUUAAAACAUGUACGGAAGAGAUCCGUGGGGCGGGCCGUUGGAGAUCAACAACGCGGAUUCAGCCACCGACGAUGACCGGAGCCGGAAUCUGAACGAUUUCGAUAAGGCAGCGUUGUCACGGCCGUUGGAUGAGACACAGCAAAGCUGGCUGUUGGGUCCCGGUGAACAGAAGAAGAAGAAGUAUGUAGAUCUGGGUUGUAUUAUUGUCAGCCGUAAGAUCUUUGUUUGGACGGUUGGAUUGAUUUUAGCGGCUGGGUUUAUUGCUGGGUUUGUUACAUUGAUUGUUAAGACUGUUCCUAGGCAUCAUAAACAUCCACCUCCUCCUGAUAAUUACACUAUUGCCCUUGGGAAAGCUCUCAGGUUCUUUAACGCACAAAAAUCUGGGAGACUACCAAAGCAUAAUAAUGUUUCAUGGAGGGGCAACUCGUGUCUAAAUGACGGGAAGGGUGAUAAAUCAGGCGCGGUUUUGAAAGAUCUAGUGGGCGGGUAUUAUGAUGCUGGGGACGCAAUUAAGUUCCAUUUCCCAAAAGCUUUUGCCAUGACCAUGUUAAGUUGGAGUGUGAUCGAAUACAGUGCGAAAUAUGAAGCUGCAGGUGAACUCAAUCACGUUAAAGAAAUCAUUAAAUGGGGCACUGAUUACUUUCUCAAAACCUUCAAUUCUACUGCUGAUUCGAUCAGCCAAAUUGUUGCGCAGGUUGGGAAAGGUGAUACAUCAGGAGGGGAAAGUGAUCCUAAUGACCAUAGUUGUUGGAUGAGACCAGAAGACAUCGACUACGAACGACCCGUGACCGAAUGCUCAAGUUGUUCUGACCUGGCCGCUGAGAUGGCAGCUGCUUUAGCUUCUGCUUCAAUUGUCUUUAAAGACAACAAGGCUUACUCUAAGAAACUUGUUCAUGGUGCUGCAACCCUUUGGAAGUUUGCCAGAGAUCAACGCGGUAGUUACAGUACCGGAGCUGAUGCUGCAACUUUUUAUAACUCAAGCAUGUAUUGGGAUGAGUUUGUUUGGGGUGGAACCUGGAUGUAUUAUGCAACUGGAAAUCAAUCUUAUCUUUACCUUGCUAGUCACCCUACGCUUGCCAAACACGCGGGUGCUUUCUGGGGUGGGCCAGACUAUGGUGUUCUUAGCUGGGACAAUAAACUUACCGGAGCUCAAGUGUUACUGACUCGAUUGAGAUUGUUUUUGAGCCCUGGUUAUCCGUAUGAACAAAUAUUGCAAACAUUUCAUAACCAGACCAGCAUAAUCAUGUGCUCAUACCUGCCAUACUUUUCAAGUUUUAACCGAACAAAAGGUGGGUUGAUCCAAUUAAACCAUGGGAGACCGCAGCCACUUCAGUAUGUUGUGAAUGCUGCCUUCUUAGCAACUCUCUACAGCGACUAUCUUGAUGCUGCAGACACCCCCGGCUGGUACUGCGGGCCUAAUUUCUAUUCAACCAACGAGCUACGCAAGUUUGCACAAACUCAGAUUGACUAUAUCCUUGGAGAUAACCCGAGAAAAAUGAGUUAUCUUGUGGGUUAUGGUAAAAAAUAUCCGAAGCAAGUCCAUCACAGGGGUGCAUCCAUUCCAAAGAACAGAGUUAAGUAUAGCUGCACAGGAGGAUACAAGUAUAGAGACGCUAAAAAACCGAACCCAAACACUAUAAUUGGUGCUAUGGUGGCCGGGCCAGACAAACAUGACGGCUUCCACGAUGUGCGUACAAACUACAAUUACACUGAACCCACUCUUGCUGGAAAUGCUGGUUUAGUUGCUGCUCUGGUGGCCCUUUCGGGUGACCAAACAGCAGCUACAAAGAUUGAUAAAAACACCAUCUUUUCAGCAGUACCGCCAAUGUUUCCAACUCCGCCACCACCACCAGCUCCUUGGAAGCCUUGAGAACAUCGGUUAGACUCGCAACGGUUGUUUUUUACAAUGUCCGUGUGACUUUAAGCGAUCAAGAUUUUGCUAGGAGUAAGAAGGUAAAUGAAAAGAUAUUGAAAACAUGGUGAUUUACCUUUGAAAAUGGAACCUGUGAUUAUACAGAUAUAUAGUACGUAUGUGAUUUUUUUUUUUUUUGGCAUGCAGCAAAAACAGACAAAUGUAUGUAUAAUUUGAAACAAUGGGAUCUUUGUAACACUCUUGAUUGUUUUUCAAAUGAAAUCUUUCUUCUCCC